AUGGUAGUUGAAAAAUCGGAUCGUAUCAGAGAUCUAAUACUACCGGUAAAAACUGAAAAUAUUAAAGAGCUUUAUCAUGAUGUCGAUAAACUAACAGAUCGAUAUAAUGAUUUAUCAACACGUGUGAAUGAUAAAUUGAAUCAUGCAAAGGAGCAGGAGAAUCUAUUUGAUGAUAUCCAACGACAGCUUGAUGAUAUGGAACAAAAAGCUGAUGAUUUUCUCAACAAAUAUAUCACUUCACAAGAUUUAUCAAUUGCUAUGGAAGAUAUCGAUCAAUUGCAUUCACUUCUGAAUCAGAUUCCAACAUCAGCAAUGGAAAAUAUCAUUGAACGUGGGCUCAGAGAGAAUUUAUUAAAGAAAGCAGAUAUUAUAAAGAAUAAGAUUAAAAAUUUACUUCUUCCACUGGAAAAAGAUAUGAAAAAGGAGCAAGAAUUGAUGCAAAAUGUUCAUGAAAUACUAUCGACAAUAACUUCAAUUGGUGAUGAUGUUAUUGGAGUUGAUAGCAUAAAUGAGCCAUCACAACAAUUGAUGAGCAUUGGUGAAUUAACUGAAAAUUUGCGAAAAUUGAAAGGAAAAGUUGAAAAACUAGAAGGAAAAUUACAUAAUUCGGAAGGUAUGGUAAAACGUGCAUUAAUAAGUGAUGAUCUUUAUGAUCGUGUUGUACAAUUACAAAAUGCACUUGAUGAUAAGAAAGAGAAAUUAACCGAUCGUGCCAAAUUAUAUUCCACAACUGCGGAGAUAAAUUUGAUCAACGAAAAUGUGCAACAUUAUAUAAAUGAAAUGGAACAAAUACCAUUGCAAACAGUUGAAGAACAAAAUAAUGCAUUAAGUGAGCUUGAAGGAAAGAAACAUCAACUUGAAAUUUUGCUAGAAAAUAUUCCGAUGAAUGAUGAAGGUAAUAAGUUACGUGAGGAUGGUAAUAGAUUACUGGCACAACUGAAUGAUAUUCUAAAACGGUUAGCUGAUGCAGUUGGAGAAAAGCUUGCAGCAUUAGCAUCAUUCAAUGCAAUUAGAGAUGAAAUUGAAAUACAACUCUCAUCAUUGCAAUCAAUGCCAAUAUUUAUUUCUGAUGAAAUUACUCUAUCUGAACUUGAUCAUCAACUAUGUGAUAUAAAUUCCGGUGUGCAGAAGCUUCUAAAAUUGAAGGAAAAAAUUUCACAUGUUGGAGUCUCUGAAUGUGAUAGGGAACAGUGCGACGAGAAGAAAGACCUUUUGUCGAGAAUUGAUGAGGUUUUGGAGCAUGCAGAGAAAGAUCAUGAAUAUUUCGACAAAAAGCGUGCCCAGUUGUUUGCGCAUGAAAGGAUAUCUGUCGAUUGUAAGACAUUACACAGUGAGUUGGUAGAAUGGAUAAAGAAUGGUCAGGAAUUGUUGGACGAUUCAGAAUCUCUUCCAGAAUCUUACGAUUCUGUCUCAAAGAAAUUUGACACUCUUAGUGAAAAGAUAUUCGAUUUACGCAAGGAACCAAAUAUCGAACAGUCACUGGUUUUUGUUCAGCUAUGUGAACUAAUUGACAAAGGCAAAGAUCUGCAACUAGAAUUGUCUAAACGUGCUCUUAUGUGGGAAAAUUUUGUAAAAGAACGUGAUUCAGCAGUAGAAGAACUGAACGAUAUACGCAGGCAAAUAUGUGAAAUUGAAGGACGAGGAGUGAGAAGAUUUGAUAAAAUGCUUGAUGAUUUGGAAGCUUUAAAGGCCCUCUACCUGAGGUGGUCGUUUCUCGCGGAUUUACCAUCACGACUAUUGUCUUUGUGUUCACAACUUCAUCCGCUAGCCUGCGCCCGACGAGAGGGAGAAGCAUUUGUCGAGGAAGCAAGUGAACUUGAGAAAAAGAUCGAGAAUUUGUUGGAUUCUAUGUCCGCCGAAUUCCGAGUAAGAGAGGAAAUUAUGCAUUCAUUACUCGUAAUAUCAGACGAACUUGGCGUUAUUAGAAAUGCAUUCGAUAAUCAGAACAUAUCAGCUUGUCUACAAAAGAAACUGGAGCAAAAGUUGGAAGGUAUUCGAGCGCAUUUGAAAACACUAGAUGAAGAUAUCACUAAGUACAAUGCUAAUAGAAUCUUUCUGAAUGAAGAAGAGGAUAUUACAACUAAACGUAAUUUCGAACAGUUAGAAGAAAUUGAAGAAAGACUAAAACGACUACAACUUACGGAUACUGAAGAAUAUGAUAUUGAUGCGGCAGCAGAAGUACUGGCAGCAAUAUAUCCUAAUGAUUAUCCACGAGAUGUACUGCGUGAACAGGGCAUUCCAUUUGAUGAUGAUUUAUAUGACCUUAGCCCCAGUUCUGCCACUAGCGACGAUGAUGAUGUGAGCAAAUUUGAAACACCUGAUGAUGAAGUGAUGCUAGAAGAAAGCGAUGUAGAAAAUGCCGUUGAGGUCUCUGCAUCAUCUGAUGUUGUUGCACUUUCACCAAUACCAGAUGAUCCAAGCCCAGGACGUGUACAUUACGUACGACAACGUUCUCGUUGGAGACGUAUACUUCGUACUGCAUUGCCUCUUCAGGCUAUGCUUGUAUUACUUCUUGGUGCAGCAUGUCUUGUACCACACUGUGAUGAUGAAAGUUGUUGCCAGUUGCUCAAUAAUUUCGCACGAAGUUUUGAUCCAUCCUUAGAAUUCGUCAAUGGACCGCCACCUUUUUAA